AUGGAAAAGUUCCUCGUGGCGGCGCCGCCUCAUUCUGGCGAGGAGCCCUCGCCGCCUCCCAGGAGACACCGGUGGAGGCGCAUCACCGUGGAGCUGGACGGCCGCAUCGAUGCCAGGUUCCGGCACCGGGAGUCGCGCCUCCUUCUCAAUUCUUUCGCCGAGAUUGGGGCAUUCGAUCACAAGUAUUACAUGCAUGGCGAGGAACGGUGUCGGACAUAUGUGGAUCGAAUGAUUAGUGCUUCAACUAUAGAUUUUCAUCCAGCAAGGGAGGGUGUUUCAGCAAUAGAAUUUGAUAGAAAGGGAAUAUACCUUGCAUCAGUGACACUCUCAGGGUGUCUGACAGUGCAUGACUUUGAGACCUUGUACUGCUCUAAAUACGGCCCAUCAUGCAGUAUGCCAGAUGAAUCAUCAAAUUAUGUGCUCCAUAUAUCUAACCGCAUUCCCCUAAAUGCUGUCCGAUGGAAUCCAGGAAACCAAGACGAGAUUGCUUGCACAUCAAGUCAAAGUGAUAAAGUUUUCCUCUUUGAUAUUGGCUAUGUCUCAUCUGCACCAACUGAAGUUUUGCAUAAAGGAAAAUCCAAAUUCCCCGCGCUCUACUCUGAAUCCUGCAAGAGUCUGACUGAUAUAACUUUUACUUCAGAUGAUAAGUCACGGAUAUUUGCAUCUGGCCUUGAUGGGGCAGUGUACAUGUGGGACAGGCGGUCAAGUAAGACACACUGUCUUGAGCUUAUGGCAUCUCCAGAAUCUCAGUUCAACACUGUCAAACUAACUGUGGAUAAUCGGGCUGCGUUUGGUGCAACUAAAAAUGGCACAAUCCAUGUUUGGGAUCUCCGUGGAGGGAGGGCAUCAGCUGCUUUUCAAAGCCACAAUGAGGUUCAACAAUUGCUAUCAGUGAAGCUAUCAACGUUGUUGGGCAAAAUUGCAUCACUAAAGGAACAAUCAAACAUUGUUUCAAGUCCAAUUCUGUCUAUAGACUUCAACCCUAGUUGUUCAUAUCAAUUGGCCUUCCAUCUUGAUGAUGGCUGGUCUGGAGUCCUGAAUGUUAACAACCUCAAUGUGACUCACCUUCACUGCCCUCCUCCUGCUUGGUUGGAGAGUACGGACUUGGCGCUGCAAAACCAGUUAAGAAAGCCAACCUGGCUGCCGACAUCUUCUAUUUAUGCAGUUGGAUCUUCUUCAUAUGAUGGUAUUUAUCUACUGGACUUUCAUCCAGAUACGAGCUCUGCAUGCCAUGUGGACUACAAAGAGGAAACAAGAGUCUCCGAGGAAAAUCAACCUGCAGAAAACAAGUCUGUUCCUUUAUCCCAAAGGGUGCUUUCUUGUGCAGCCCAUCCACUCAGUCACACCAUAAUUGCUGGUACACAGUUCUCAUCGUUGCUCUUGUUAUCACAAAAGUACAAGACCAUCAGAAAUCCAGAGUCAUGA